UGGAAGUAAUAAGUUAACCUCAAAAUUGUAGUCAAAAGGCAACACGAUUCAAAAUAUAAUAUACUUGUGAACUAUGUUGAGAAAUGUUUAAUAUUAAUUUAAAUUAAUAGUUAAUAUGGCUAAAAAUUCUCGACAAUUAUUAAAAGUAAUAACGGAACAAUUAAAUAAGUCAGCACUAUUAAAUAAUGCGUCAACAGUGCUUGGAAAAACUUCAGAAAAAGCUCAAGAAAAGUUGACAAAUAUUCAAAAUGUUGCUUCUGAGAAGUAUGGAAAUAUUGUUAAGCAUGUGAACGUAACUGGCACAACAAUUAUACAAGAUUUACAUGCCGAAUCAUUAAAACCAUCAACUCCAAUUCCAGUUCGUUUAAUAAAUUGGUGGAAAUGGUAUCAACAAUUGACAGGUUUAGACACUGUUGAAGUGUCAAAACAACAUGUAAUUCAAGUUCAAGAUUCUCUAUUUAAAUGUCAAGAAGAAAGAAGAAAUUUAAAUCGUCAAUCAUCUCUUGUACAUGAUAAAUUAAAAGAAGUUUAUGCAGAAUUAAUACAAACAAAACGUGACGAUCCAAAAUAUGUGCAACUCACAAUUAUGGAAAAUAAAGGUCUUCAAGAAGAAUCAAGAAUACGAAAUCAAUUAAAUCUUUUGGAAAAUGAAGAGAGAGAUCAUUUUACUCAAUUGGCAACUGCAAUUAAAGAAUAUCACGAUAGUCAAACAAUGAACGCGCAAAAAUACAAGUAUCUAUCAAUACUUGCUUCUGCUUUUCUUGCCAUUUUAUCAUUAACUGGAUCAAUGAUUUAUAAUAAUAGAAGAAUAGUUGAUGUACGAAAUGUUAUAUCUGAGGCGCAAAAGAAAAACGAAAACAAUUUUCGUGACAAUUUUCAAACACUUGAACAAAGUUCGAGACAACAAUUUUCAAAUAUCAUUCAACUUAUAAAUAGUAAAACUAAUUUUACACCUGCCGAGAAUAAAAUUAGUGACAUUAGUAAUGAAAAUACAUCACUAAUGAAUACUAAUUUAGCUGUGAAUAAUAAACAUAUUGCAUUUUUUUUAACCGGUUUAUUAAUAAUUAAUUUUAUAUUAGUACGAUCAUUAACUUAGUGAAUUAGAAUUUAUUGUAUAAAUUUACGAUUUGUUAAUAAAAAAUGUAAAAUAUUGUAUAAUAGUAAAAUUUCGUGAAUAUUUUACGAUAAUUUGUUACGCUUUUUAAGGAUAUAAUAAAAUAUAAUUAAA